GGGGCGCGGCGGCUGCUGCGGCCGGGCUGGCGGGGGCUUGGAGCCCUGCCCUCGCUCCCGCCUUGAGCGACGGCGUGCCGUGUCCUUGCUCCUGCCGAGCCCUUGAGCCUGUGCCUGAGGGGCCGUGGGGGUGCUGCGGGGGCCGGACACACGUUGUGUGCGUGCGGCGCUGGAAGUCAACCGUGUGCUGCUGCUGCUUCUUGAGGGGAGCCCAGUGGUAAACCGGCAUGUGAGGGGCCUCUAAAUCACAGCGAGGAGAAAGGGGAAAGGCUGGGUUUUAAGAGUAUGUCUCCCUUCUGAAACGGCCUUUUCGUUGUGCUUGGGUGUUUUGUCCCUCCCUCGCUGGAGAUUGCACCCGUGCCGUGUGCUUGAGGAUGACUCUUCUUGAGCACGGAGGUUGGAGCAGAUGAGCCACUGUGGUCCCUUCGAAUCUUACCCGUUCUGUGUUUCCUGGGUGGCAGGAGGGCUGCUGAUUGAUGGAUUGGAGGAGAAGCUGGCACGCUGCAGACAGAGCAUGGAAGAGGUGGACCUUAAACUGCGCAGGGAGAAGCUCAGCCCCGAAGGAAGAAAGUCACUGGAGAGAGAGCGAAACUUACUAAUGACCAAAGCUGACAACUAUGAGAAAGAACUGAGUGUGCUUCGUAAGGAAAAUCGCAAGAAUGCUGCCCUUGCUGUGGCCAUGGCAUUGCUGAUUGCUCUUAUUUACGCCUGCUGGACAAUGUGAUUGCACUCAAGAAUUCUCCCUGCUGAACAAAUGACUUCUGCAAGGAGCUCUUCCUCCUCUCACCAUUGUGCCUCCCCCAAGGGUGAGGAUCAGCAUUUCAAAUUACUCUUCUUGUUUAUUGUCUCCAAGCCUUGUUGUAGGGAAGAUUUUUUGCUGCAAAUUGAGGAGGACAGGAGACAAACCAGAAAUCAUGGCACACUUGUGCUUGGAAAUCAGGUCAAGCAGAGCUCAAGGUGGUGCCAUCUUAGCCAAAACACAGUCAGGACCAUCCAGCCUGAUCCAGGAAGGCAAUACAUUCUCCCUUUUGAAGAGGACCUUUGUGAUUGCAGAAGGUGCUUUCUGCCCAGCCCAGGUGGAAUACACACCUUGGCUCCUGUGACACAGUCAUAAACUGAAGGGACCAAGCUCUUGAUGCAAAGGGUAAUCUGUAGGUAUUGCAAUUCUAUAUAUUCCCAGAGCUGAGCUAAAGAUUCUGCCUACCUCUCCAGUGCCUCAGAGCUUGGCAGCCAUUUUGUGCCUUUGAGAAUCAGCGUUUGCAGAAGACUAUUUACUAUCAACACCCAGAGAAGAAAGUGCUUCUGUAGAGCUUUAAAUAAAAUAAUUUGACCUUUUAAUCUCCUGGUUUGUUUAUUUGGUUUGUUUUUUUUCCCCGUUCUGUCCUGUUUCUCAGACACUGCUUUAUUCUCAUCCUACUAUUUCCUUACUGGCACACAUUGCACUACGGUAAGCCUAGACUAGGUUAGGCACUUAAGCCCCUGGUCAGUGAGCUCUCAGCAGUGGGUAACUGACCUCUUGUGGCCUGGAAUGUACUUCCUUUGACUGGAACAGGAGCCUACCCUUGCUGCAGGAGUGCCAGAGACUGUCCCCUGUAAUGCCCUCUCAUUCCAGUGCUCUAAACUUGCCACAAAAACCUUUAAAAGGGACUGCCUUGAAUAUUUAACUCUGCUGGCAUUUCUCUGUGGCCACACUGACAGACACUGCUGGCCAAAAUUGUGUGGGAAGUAAAGGAAAGAAGCACUGCUGUGAACUAAAGGGGCUGUAUUGGUAAAAGAACAUGAAAGCACAGAAGUCAACAUAAAAUGAUACAAAGCCUAAUAACAACACAUUGUGCAAUUAACAUACAUAAACACUCCCUUCAGCAAGGCCUUCCUCACCCGCCCUUCCCAACAUACCCUCAGCAGGGAAGCAAGUAGCUUGGUGGCUCAUGCUUGCCUUCUUGAAGGGAGAUUUAGAAUCAAGGUUCAGUGCAU